GUUUCAUGAAUUAUUAAGCAAAUUACCAAUAUCCAUAUAACAUAUAGCGGUGCAGGAAAACUAUCACGCGGUCCAUCGCGCACAUUUAUAUCCAACUCAUUAAUGAUCAACAAAACUCUUACAUCACACUUGCCUUAUAUCCAUAUGCAUGAUAUUUUUCAGAAAAUGCAAUUAAAUUCACACGCCAUCAUAGUUGAUUUGCAACGAAUCGGAGAGGUCGAGCACUUCGUGCCGUAUGCGAAAUUCUCUCUCACUUACAAUUGAUUCCAGAUUGAUUCUUUUAUUUUUUUGUUCAUUUUGUUCAUUCGAAGAUUUGUUGUAAUUUGAGAAACCAAGCAGUGGAAUUUAUAAAAUUUUGGGUACAUUGUACAGUUAAAUAUGAUGUACAUAUGUGCGGUAUAUUUACGUAACCUGCAGACAAGAUAAAAAUGUGAAUGCAGGGUUGUUUUUAUCAUGUGAACACGACAUCACCAACAGCAGCAGCGGUCGAUUAUUUUUAUUAACCUAAAUGUCCAUCUAAUACGAGGAUAUCAACACCGUAUAUCCAUACAUAGGCUUUGUUAUAUGUACACGGAUGUAUAUUUUAUACUCAUGUAACUUACGUCACUCUUCUCCAGUUAAUUAUUUAAUUAAAACUCAGAAUUAACGUGUAACUCAGCACCUAUAGUAUACACGCGUACAUAAGUUCCAUAUGUAUAUAAUGUAUUUUACAUUUACACGUAAAACAUUCCCGUUAAAGCGUUUAUUUAUAAUACCCCAGAGAAUAUACAUAUACCCAUUUACAUCGUCGUUAUACAUACAUAUAUAUAUAUUAUACAUAGUCUUGUAUUUUCGAAGAUUAUGCCGUAUAUUCUUAUAUACAUAGAAAUUUUACAAAAAUAGAACAGUGGAGAGCUGUUGUGUAAUAUGUGAAUAGAAGAGGGGUGAAAAAAAAAAAUUCUGUUGAAGAAAGAGAGAGAAAAAAAAAAAAAAAUCACACGCUUAUCAAAUGCGGUAUAAGGUACAUAUAGGUGGUUAAAUAAAUAUGUAGGUCAACGAGCGAAGUUAUCGCGAGCUGGGCACUUCAUUAUAUUAUAUACAUGUGUGUACGUAUAUAUAAAAAUGUAUGCAUGUGAAUUUAUACAGAGGCACUCUCGAUCUCUUUACCUUAUAAAGUCUGACAAAUGGAUACAUUCUGUAUAGGUAUGCGUGUAUAGUGACGUAUAUAUGUGUAUACAUAUGUAUAUGCAUAUAUGGUUGAUUUCGUUUCGCGCGAUAACCUCAACCUGAACAGAGCUUUGUUAGAUCGCGAAGUCCUUGUACAUAUGUAUAUUUUGUGUUUAACACCAGAUGUAAAGUAUGUAUAUAUAUGUACUACGUGUAGGUGUUGUACAGUAUAUACUUUAACAAUAAGUUAUAUCUACGAGGUGUAUAACGUUAACCAUCAUCAUCAUCUUCAUCAUCAUCGUGGCCGUCUGCACCUGCACAUUGCCAUUGGCGGAGUAUAUGACAUGUAGUUAUCUCAUCCCUUGCUCAUUCUACGACAUUGUAGAACAUGAAGGGUGAAUUCCGUAUAGGCGUCACUUAUCGUAUUCAACCCUUAACGUGCUAUAUGUUACGUAGAGUGAUAAAGCGUUAUAGGACCUCCGAAUUUCAUCAGCUAUUCAACUCAUUCAUCUACAUAUACAUACAUACAUACAUACAUCAUGUGAAAUUGUAAAUUAGGUACAAACCUGAGACUAUCCCUAUAAAAUUGUCGAAAAAAGAUAUGGUGGGCUAAAUUUUUCAAUUUCUUCAAAGUUUGACGAAUCAUAACUCUCAGGCAUUCUCAUUGAAAGAAAACGUAAUAUUAACAACAACAAUAAUAAUAACGAGACCUACCCUCUGGUAAAGCAUAUACUGUAUAUUGUAUACAUACAUGCAUAUACAUAUAGGGCCCUUUUAUAAAGGAAAUUCAUAAUUGUUCGGAAUGUUCUAAUAUUGUAUUUUGAACUAUUUUUGGCUUUCACUUGAACCAAAAAUAAAAUUCCUCUUUCCGUCCCUGAAGGGAUGAUGAUGAUAAUGAUGACACUAACAAGAAUGGUACUGACAAUACCAAAGUGCGUUUCAGAGGAAAUUGUGACGACGAAAUAAAAAUUGCUCAGGUCAAAUCCGGUAGUUCAAUUGACGAGGAAUGUCCCAUUUAUGCAUUAUAGGUAUUAACGCGGAUAGUCAUUGAAACGUAUAUUGCACAAGGGGCGAUGGAAUCUAAAAAGCUCACCGUGACCUUUUUUCAUUCAUUCGUUCUUACGAUUCAUACUUUUCUUUUGCCUAUUCUUUUUGUGCAUCAACUAUAUCAUCGUAGCUCAGAAUUUUUAAUUAACGCGUCAGCAGAGUCACCAUUGAAAUUAGCUGUGACCAUUGUUUUGGCUGUUCUUUUUUCGUUCGUUCUUUCUAUUGUUAUUAUCGCCAUUUUUUGUGUCUGCGAUGUGUGUGCAGCUCGCAUUUUUUAUUCGUAUUCUACAACGUACUAUCGUAAUGCGGCCGUUGCACCGUAACUUCGCUUUGAAUAAAAGUGCGAGAAAUAAAAAGGGUACGAAUGAAAAUCUGAAAACAAGAUAUGAAAUAUGAAUCGUUAAAAGUUUAAUUUUUAUGCACGGAAAAGUACCAGUCUUUCAGAAAAACCGUUAUCCAAAAUGACAGUGGAAAAUUCAUCCGUACUCCCCAGAGCUGUUUGCAAUUAUUUUCUAAAUUGUUGUUAGUCCAGUCGAAACAGCAUCUAACUUAUUUUUCCAUACUUGAUAGGGGGAAGAGUGAGUCUCGAUUUUCGGGACAAUCCCUCCACUAGUUAUUACCAUUUUUACCCUAGGAUCAACAUUUUCAGGCUUAUAAAUAAUUCACUGAAAUAACGACAAAUGUAAAAUCUGAAAAUAUUGAUCCUAGGGUAAAAAUGAGCAGAACCAAACUCGUGGGAAAUUACAUAUAUCAUCGUUUUAGGUGAAACUGAACGAGUCGUUCGAAAACCAAAAAGUCACCCUUUAAUUCAAGAUGGCGGCGAACGCUACGGGCGGAUUGUCCAUGGAUUGUCCCGAAAAUCGAGGUUCACACUACCAACCACUCCUCCCGAAGUAUGGAAAAAUCAAAUCGCAAACGUAAAAUAUCUCAACUGGAUUAUAUUGCCAUAAUAUUACGAAAUUAAGAUGUGAUCUUUAUGUAUAUGCAUUAUAUGUAUACGGUUGUAUGUUAUACGCGUAAUAUACGUUAUUAAGUACUUCAGCGACGAAAUUUUCGCAGCGAAAUCGGGUAUGUAGGUGGAAAAUCCUUUUUGCAGUUACAAGUACAUACUUAUUCAAUACCAACACAUAUGGGGGAGCGAUAUGAGAAUUUCUAUAAAUAUCGCACGAGGUAGAAUGGGAUUACAGGCAGAUAUAUGUAUACACGUUCUCAGCAUACAUAAAUUUCACCCCUAGCUUCCUGUGCGUGUAUUUGUGUAGGUCUACACCUACAUAUAUACCGUAAUAUGUAGCAGAGGAAAAAAACGCCUUAUACAUACCUAUAUACAUAUUUAACGUUGUGACACUUGUUUGCACGUGAUCACGUUAAUAUUGGGUGUGUAACUUUAUCCCGCAAUUUAUAACUACGUCAUUUUACAUCUCCACGUUAUUUAUAGACUAAUGCAUACGAAUACGUGUUUUUAGAUAUUUGUGUAAUAUUUAUGUUGUUUUAAUACGGUCAGCAAACAAUCCGUGACAGUAGAUAUACAUAUAGUUGACGUAUAUAAAGUAUAUGUAUACGUACGUAUGGAAAAAUUGAGCAAAAGGAGAAAUUAUAACAACGCAGGGCAAAAAGAGAAGAGGAUCAACGGUUGGAUAGCUGCAACGUUCAAAUGAACAAUAUUCCAGGAAAACUUCGCCAAAUCUUUACGAAUUGAUUAAAAAUAACAAUAAUAAUAGACAAAUAUUUAUCGGAGAGAAGAAAAAGGGAAAAAUUCACGAAGUGAGAGUGAAAUAAUGAUGGAAAAGAAGAAUCGCACGUAAAAGGUUUCAAAUAAUAUUGACCGUUCACUAUUAUCAAAAACUCCGCGCAUAACUCAAAAUGGAAGGAGAAUGUGUGUGUGACAAAUUGCGGAGGAUAAAAAUCAUGUGUACGAGGAUAACGACGACGACGGGAAAUCUGAUAGUGAAAAAAUUAUUGAAGAGAACUCGUUAACAUAUAAUCGGGUGAUGCGGUCUCGUAGGAAAUUGAAAAUAAAAAUAAAUAUUCGAAAGCAAAAUUAAAAAAAAAAACAAAAACAAAAAGAAGUUUUCAAAAACACUAUAAGGAAAAUAACUAAUUGUAAGAGAAGUAAAGAUUUUUUAAAAGUAAAAAAAUCAAGAAAACGGCGGGUUGGGAAAAUAAGGAAAAAAUAUGUUGUUCGUGAUCAUGGGGAUGUAUUUGUUCGUUUAUUUGGAAGUGGUGAGAGGUGGAGAUCCGUCGGCACGUUUGAAAGGAGAUUUAGUAAUCGGAGCGCUCUUCAGCGUACAUCAUACUCCCAGGGGUGGUCAGGGAGCACUCGUAUGUGGACCGGUCAGAGAAACGUACGGAAUACAAAGAGUUGAAACCGCACUAAUUACUCUCGAUAAAAUCAACAACGAUUCAACGAUAUUGCCAGGCGUCACUCUGGGACUCGAAGCCAGAGAUUCGUGCUGGUCGGCACCCGUUGCUCUGCAACAAAGCAUCGAACUCGUUAGGGACGCCAUUACACCCGCUUUGACCCAGCCACAAAUUCCUCCGAAUGCCGAUACCGCACAUUGCUUGGUCACCACCGCCGUUCAGAUGGAAAAUCCGGUGCUGAAAGCACCCCUCGUCGGGGUGGUGGGUCCGGGAUCGAGUUCGGUCGCACUCCAGGUGCAAAAUCUUCUUCAGCUUUUUUCCAUACCCCAGAUUGGUUAUUCUUCGACGUCUCGUGACCUAAGUGACAAAACUCGUUAUUCGACUUUUCUGAGGGUUGUACCGUCGGAUCAUUAUCAAGCUCAACUACUCGUCGAUUUAGUACGAUACUUUAACUGGACGUACGUGUCGAUAGUAAACACCGACGAGAACUACGGACAGAGCGGUAUUCAAGCUUUUCGUGAAUUAGCCGAACGCAGCGGUGUUUGCGUUGCCAGGGAAGACGCGGUUCUUUCCACGGCCGAAGAUGCCGCCUUUGACGGCGUACUUUCAAAUCUUGAUCAAGAUCGUGCGGCUAAUGUCGUCGUUUGUUUCUGCGAAGGGAUGACAAUGCGAGGUUUACUGGCCGCCUCAAAAAGAUUAAAUCUCACCGGUCGAUUCAUGUUCAUAGGAAGCGACGGUUGGGCUGACCGGGACGACGUUGUUGAGGAUUUGGAAUUCGAAGCGUGGGGCAGUCUUUCCAUUAGAAUUCAUUCACCCUAUGUCAGCGAAUUUGACGAUCAUUAUUUUUCAUUGAAUCCGUACAACAAUUCGAGAAAUCCUUGGUUUCAAGAAUUAUGGCAACAUAAAUUCAACUGCGUUCUUCCCGAUGUAAAUAACAAUAAUAAUAACAAUUUCGAUGACCACGCUGACAUCGGGGAUGUCGAAAAUGGCGUGGAAAUAUCAACGACCACGACAACCGUGUUACCUGUGGGGAAAAAAAUCUGCACCGGUAACGAAAAAUUGAGCGAUCGUUACAAACAGGAUCCGAAAAUGAGUUUUGUUAUGAAAUCAUUCUGGGCAAUGGCGCAUGGGCUACAUAAUAUGCUGGAAGAAGUUUGCGGUAAAAAUUUUUCUGGCGUUUGCAAAGAGAUGCAUCCAUUCAACGGAACUCUAUUCAAGAACCACUUGAUGAACAUAACAUUUUCAUUCGGCGGAGAGGACGUGGAAUUCGAUCGACGUGGCGAUCCUCCCGGCAGAUACGAAAUAUUGAAUUUUCAAAGGAUGGCGAACAUGACUUAUUCGUACGUGCAAAUAGGUGAUUGGAAUAACGGAACGCUUGCAUUUUCCGGUAUGCCACAAUCGAGGGUAACGCAACUUGUCGAAAGCGUAUGUUCGAAACCGUGCCCACCUGGUUACUACAAGAAUUUUAAGACCGGUGGUCAAGAAAAACGGUGUUGUUGGGCAUGCGUGCGAUGUGGAGAUCACGAAGUUGCCGAUGAAGAACAAUUGCAAUGCGAUGCUUGUCCUUACGGGCAAUGGCCGAACAAUAACAAGACUGAAUGCUACGUCAUACCCGUGGAAUACAUGUCAUGGGGAGACGCCGAAGCGAUUGUUGCGAUGGGUUUCAGCGCUAUUGGACUUUUGGCAACAUUCGCCACUUGCCGGAUAUUCGUAAGCCAUAACAAUACCCCAGUUGUUAAAGCAAGCACAAGGGAACUCAGCUACCUCAUACUUGCAGGAAUCACCAUGGCUCACGUUGCGGUGUUUCCUAUACUGGCAAAACCGACGGUUCUUACAUGUGCUGUAAGUCGUCUAAUGCCGGGAAUAAGUUUCGCUAUGAUAUACGCAAGUCUGUUAACGAAGACGAACAGGAUUGCGAGAAUUUUGGCUGGUUCGAAGAAACGUUUUCCAACGAGAAAGCCACUCUUUAUGUCGGCCACCGCACAGGUCGUUAUAACUUGUAUUUUAAUAAUGAUCGAAGCGGGUGUUGCCACCGCCAUGCUCGUAAUAGAUCCCCCGAUGCCUCAACAAGAAUUUCCAGCUAGACACAGAUCCGUAUUAACAUGCGCAACGUCACCCAGAGCCGUUUUAUCUCCAUUGGCAUUCGACGCGAUUUUGUUAAUACUUUGCACACUUUACGCCGUGAAGACGAGAAAUGUACCUGAAAAUUUUAACGAGGCCAAAUUCAUUGGAUUCGCCAUGUACACGACCUGCGUUAUAUGGGUCGCUUUUGUACCCAUAUACUUUGGCAGCGAAUCAAAGGUGAUAACGAUGUCAAUGUGCGUGACUUUGAGCGCAUCCGUAACUCUCAUAUUCUUAUUUCUCCCCAAACUUUACAUAAUCGUAUUGAGGCCCGAGAGAAAUAAUCGAGCUUUAUUCACCACGAGUAAAUCCAUAAGGUGUCACAUAGGAGCUCGUGUCGCUGCAGCUAUUGCCGAACCUCCUUCCAAACAAACUAUAUAUCGACUUUCCGGUUCUGCAAAUGACAUGGAAUCGGGAACUGCUGCGGGCUGCCGUACCACUAAUAACGUACACCGUCGUACAUUGAGCGUUCAAACUGGUGCGGAAUUGUUGGCUGAUUUGUACAAAAGUUCUUUGGAAAAUUUAUGCGGUAUGAGAUCAUCUAAUAUGGGACGUGGGGUGGCAGCUGGAGAUAUUAAGAAACAAAAAUCACCAAUCCACAAUAACGAAUUGCUGCGAUCCUCUCUGUCGUCGGUUUACAAUAAAUCGACGGAUGAGAAAAUUAAUCCUCAUUUCGGAUCAUCGAUUGCUUCAAUUACGGCAGAUGAUAUUGUCAGAUAUAAUUCCGAAGAGGACGUAUUUUGGUCUAGGGAGACAGCGAGAAAUUUGAAGGACGAUAAAAAAAAUCCAUCGUCGGACUCAAGUUUACUUAAUUCUUCUACGGGAUCGCAAUUAAAAAUUCCACGUGAAUGGGCCGAAUUAGAUCCUAAAAAAUUAAUCGCCGAUACAAUGAACAAACGAAGCUCCACCGGAUCGCGAGCGACGACAUUUCCGGCUAAUGAUUCUUCUUACGUUUCGCCAACGAAUUCAAACGGCGAAGUUAAUAAGAAAAAUUCUAAUAAUAUCAACGGUAACCCUCGCGGCUGUAACGAAACUAUUUUAACACCGUACACAGCUGGAACUAUUUCACCAUCGGAAUUAUCCCCCUCUCCUCGUAAUUACAAUAAAGCCCGUGAAAAUUCUCAUGAAUUUUAUAGUAACGUCAACAACGUAAUAUCGAACAAUAAAUUAUCAAAAAAUGAGGGAGAUAAAGGAGACGACGAAAUUUUCGAUGAUUAUAACGACGAGGGUAGUGUUGACGCUAGAAUUUUUCAAGAAGACGAAGUCCUUUCGGGUGAGGAUAACGAACCCGUUGUUAAAAUAACCAUAACUCUUGGACGAGAUCCUAAAAGUUAAAAAAAAAAACAAUUUCAAUUCUAAUGAAAUUUAUGCCAAAGUUUAUUUAUUAAACCAUAAAUUCAACGCCACAAUAAUAACAUGGUUGAAUUCAAUCUUUGAUAAAUGAUUAAAUAAAUUGAUAAGGAAAUUAAUUAAUCAGUUAAUUUACUGAUAGAAAAAAAAAAAAAAAAAAAAAUUACGUAGGGCGGAGGUACGUAUCUGCAUCAAUAUCAAAUUAUUAUUAUUACGAAGCCCAAUGAUUUAUCAAUUUGAUCGAAAUAAGUAUAACAAUUAUAUUAUAUCAUCAACAUUUCACUAGUGCAUAAAUAAUUCAUUAAAUAUAAUUAUACACUAUUAUUCUAGUCUAUUCGGUAACAAUAAUUAACAUAUAAACCAAUCUUUAGAUAUACGUAUAGAUAAUACCGAAUUACCUACGUCACAAUUAAUAUACAGUAAGCUAAGAACGAACAAUAAAACUCUUAGCAUGAAAGGGAUCAAAAUACGUAUAAGUUUUUCCAUAAAUUAAGAAUAAUCAAAAUAAUCAAAA